AUGGGCCGCGACCUCUACGAGGUGCUGGGCGUGCCCCGGGGCAGCGACGCGCGGACCAUCAAGCGCGGCUUCCGGGAAGCCGCGCGGAAGUACCACCCGGACGUCAACUCGGAGCCCGACGCGGCGGACGUCUACAAGGAGAUCUCCCAGGCCUACAGCGUGCUGAGCGACCCGGACAAGAAGGCGCGCUACGACCAGUUCGGCGAGGCGGGUUUGGGCGGCGGCGGCGGCGGCCCGGGCGGCGGCGUCGAGGUGAACCUCGAGGACAUCUUCGACUCGUUCUUCGGCGGCGGCGGCGUCGGCGGGUCGCCCUUCGGCGGCGGCGGCGGCGGCUUCGGGCGGGCCCAGCGGACGCGGGGCCCGGCGCAGGGCGACGACCUGCGCGCGGACCUCGAGCUCGACUUCAAGACGGCGUGCUUCGGCGGCCAGGAGAAGGUUCGCAUCACGCACUUGGAGUCCUGCGGCAAGUGCAAGGGCGACGGCAUCGAGCCGGGCGCCAAGGUGACGACCUGCGACACCUGCCGCGGGUCGGGCGUCGUCAUGCAGGUCACGCGGACGCCGCUGGGCAACUUCCAGACGCAGUCCGCGUGCCCGACGUGCCAGGGCACGGGCCAGUCCGUCGAGGCCUACUGCGCCAAGUGCAACGGCCAGGGCGUCGAGCGCAAGGCCAAGCAGGUGAGCGUGACCAUCCCCUGCGGCGUCGACGCGGGCAACCGGCUCCGCGUCGCGGGCGAGGGCGACGCGGGGCCCCGCGGCGGCGCCGCGGGCGACCUCUACAUCUUCCUCGACGUCAAGAAGGACCCGAUCUUCACGCGCGACGGCGUCGACGUCGCCUCGUCCAUGGAGGUCUCCGCCGCCGACGCCGCGCUCGGCUGCUCCGUCGCGACGCCGACGCUCGACGAGGACGCGUGCGAGGUCAAGGUGCCCGCGGGCACGCAGCCGGGCACGAAGCUCCGCCUCAAGGGCAAGGGCGCGCCGGCGCUGUCCAAGCCGGCGCAGCGCGGCGACCUCUACGUCACCGUGAACGUCAAGGUCCCCACGAGCCUCUCCGACGAGGAGCGCCGGCUCAUGGAGCAGCUCCGCGACCUCCAGGCCAAGUAG